UAAAAUACGGGGAUGUAUGUAGAGGAAACUGAAGAGGGCGUACUUGAAUGACUCGGUCGGGUUCGAGCCAAAUAUCGAAGCGAUAAAAAUGGCAACGCAGCAUAGCAUCCGUCAUCAGGAUGUUCUGCAUGUUGUUGAUAUUGCCCUCAAGGGGCCCCGAAAUUAAAUCCCUGAGUCCAAACAUUUCACAAGGCUGCACCUUGAUCACCAGACAUAAAUUGAUGUAAAAUGAAGGCUACCUUGCUUUUGUCUUCAGGGGAAAUAUAGGAUGGUUCAGUGCCUAUCUUUCCAGCAAUAGCUUUGUCUUCGAGUUCCGGGUAUUGUUUGUCGUCGCAGGCACCAAAUAACAAGCGUCUGAAGUUGUCUCGGAGCAAAACCUUGAAAGGAAUUCAGCGGUAGAAAAAUAUGCCACUUGUUUCCUUGUGUCUUUAUCUUUCCCUUGGGGCCAAGACCAUGAUGCAACCUCUGACUAUAUCCAUGCAAGGAGACGGGUACUUGGUGAGAAGAUGUCGAGGUCCGCUACAGGCAAGACCUUUUCACACUGAGCCGCCUCUUCCUCAGCACCCUCGAUCGCCGCGUUCUCGACGGGUAGCACGAGGAAAUUUACUUGAGAAGGCGUUUGUACCGAAACUUCUCUGCUCCCAGAAGUCUUUGAGAAAGGAACCAAGGACACGGACGCCCGGGCCAGCCAGUUUGUCAUAGCACUCCGUUUCCUUAGCUUUCGGAACCAGUUCCCAAGCGCGCUCAUCAAAAUAAACCUGGUCUGGGAAGGAAGGACCUCCGUGGUCACGAUCCGUCCUUGUCGCGGGGACUAACCGACGAUUUGGAAAAUGUCGCCAGGAGAUAGUCGAAUCUCGGGAUGCAGAUGCAUA